AUGUCCGAAGGUGGUCUCGUCAUGUCUUCAUGCGCGGCUGCCAACUUCAACAACAACAACAACAACACCACAAACACAAACAACAACAACCACAACGGCGGCAGCAGGACGACGGCCCCUGUGCCCAGGCGCAAGUUCAGCUUCCCGGCGGUGUUGCAGUCGCACAGCCUGCAAUCUGAACUGGGCGGCGUCGACUUCGGCGGUGGGCCGUCUCUUACUGUGGCCACGGCCCGCCGGCGGUUCAGCAACGUCAGUGACGUCGUGUCCAGGAAACUGUCGCACACCAUCGGUUGGCGGACGGCCGUGCCGACGGAGCAGAUCGCGCGACAGGGCAAGGCGCUGUGCGUGAAGUACGUCCGGUGGAAGCUGAAGCGGGCUGGCGCGUACACGAAAAAAUGCGCCGCUGCGUUGCGCUCGGUCAGCGCGGCCGCUAAUCCCGCGACUUCUGUGGACGGAAAUGGCAGUGGCGGAAGUGGUGGCUACUUCAUACCGCCACUACAGGCGAUGGCAGCCGCGGCCGAUCACAUCGAUGGUGUGCGUCGCGACGUGUUCCCCGCCGUGCUCCGGGUCGGGCUCCAGUUGGAGCGGCUCGACCCGAAACUGUACGCGGCCGGAACAGUGGCCACUGACACUGCGGCCACCACUGCUGCGUCCACAGCCGGUGUUGCGGGCAACCCAUCGGCGACUGCGGUGACGACCGGCCCGGCCGCUCCGCCUCAACGCCUGUUCCAGAGGCACCGGCCCGCGUACAGGAGAAACACGGCCUCGGCUUCUGUCGUCCUGGUGUCCGUAUCCCGGGAACUGUUCCGGGCCGGCGCUCAGGUCACGUGGGCUAAAGUCGUGUCGCUUGUGUGCGUGGCCGCCGGGCUUGCUGUAGACUGCGCGCGCCGUGGCCGUGCCGAUCAGCUGCCCGACCUGAUCGAGGCCGUCGGCGAAGUAAUCGAGGACGAUCUGGCCGCUUGGAUACAUUACAACGGCGGAUGGAUGGGGCUCCAGUCGUACUGCAAACCGGUGGUCGUCAACAUCGAAAAUCCUGUGUCCACUCAAAUCUUGUAUCUAGUGUCAUUGCUCAUAGUCGUCAUAUUUUUCUUGUUGUUGUUGAGGUGGUUCGACUUCAUAUCCGUUUUCCGAUGA